GGCAGCACUGCGUCGGUGGCAGAUGUUCGUGAACUCGCGCAAUUUAUGCAAUUUUACUGCAAAAGCAUUAUCUGUUUCUUAAAUAAAUUAAAUUUAAUAUUCGCGCGAAGUAAAUAAUGGAUUUGGCAUUUAAGUAAUUGAAAAACCCGCAACAACUUGCAAAUUGUGGAAACACUCCCAUAAAUUGUGUGAGAAAAGUGCAUCAAAUGCGCGCGCGUUUUUUUUUGGUGCCGCCGCAUCGUUUUGUGAAAAGUGCCACAUUUCAAAAGUUGAACUGUUGAAGAAUGGCAGCAAUUAAUUCGAACACAGCGCAUAAAAUCAACAACAGCUACGAUUCGGAGCCUUCUACGGGCAGCGGGUCGUCGCUCAGUGAAAACAAUGAGGGCCAAAUAUCUGACGAGGAGAACAUGAAUCUACCGUAUCUACUAAAGCCAAAAACACUGAGCACCGACAAUGCCACAAAAUUGAGCUUACAGGGCAGCCAGGAGUCGCAAUUUCGAGGAUUUGGCGACAGUCCUUAUGGCCAAGUGAAUAAACGGCUGUACGGCUCGCAAUUGCAGAAUCUACAGCUGCCAGAGAUUGAGAAGGAGAAGGAGCAACAUACUACCUCGGGAAAGCAUAAGUCACCAGGCAUGAUCGUAUUUCCUCGGUUUUACGAUAGCAUCAUGGAGGAGAAUAGCUGCAAUGCCGUCGACAUGCCAACCACAUCUGCCGAAGCAGCCAAAGCCACAACGGACACUUUGUCAUUUGAUGGCAAAAUCAAAAGUCUGACUGAGCCGCCUCGCUUAUCCACCACUGUCCAGGAGAGCUCCCAGAAUGCUCCACAGCAGCAGCAGCAACAGCAGCUGUCGGAAUCAUUUAUUCUGAACAAAAUGCACAAUGAGCGAUCGCCGGAUUUGUUUGCGGAUAGCGACGAGGAUGAUGGCGAUGACCCAACCGACAAGGGACUGGGCACAACUCUGGAGGACUUACCCGAAGCUCUCGAGGAAAGCCAAUGUGUCAGCGAGGCGCCAACAACGAGCCACAAUGCCAGCGCACGUUACUCCCUGACAGCGCCUACGGAAUCUAGUUUUGUCGAUGACCAGACCCAAGACACUCAACUAACAAGCAGCGAUCCUCGCACCCAUUUCAUUGAGAAUUGCCGGCGGGAACGUGAGCUAUAUAGACGCAUACGUCGUUGUUUGACGGGAGUGCGUCCUCCACCUACGGUGACCACACCUGACACCGAUGUCAUCAACGCUGUGGUAAACAUGAAAGCAAAAGUGAUCAACUUUCUGGUUUGCAAAGAUGCUGAAGUAGAUGCUCUUCCCUCCUCGUCCAGCAUCGAAGACAGCGGCAUCUGUGCCACGUCCUCAUUGUUCAAACCCACACACAGCCUGGCCGAAGCCCAGAACAUGAGUUGGCGCGAAGUUCUGGGCGUGCGUCAGCAUGGACUGAGCUACAACUUGAAUAAAGCGGCUGAACAAAAUGAAUACCUCAGUCUGUCGGUGGUGGAACGGUACGUGGGUGCGGAGACGGCCACAUCCUAUGUGCGCUCUCCUUCCAGUGCCAAGAAGCGCAACAUGCGCAUGAAAAUGCUGACACAAUCGCCUGGCAAUCGCCUCAGUCAUUUGGCCAAGCGACGAGCCAUUUUCUCAUCCGCAAAUCUGGCCACAAACUCCAUUAAGCUAAACAGCUCCAUGGGCCCGCAAAUAUUGCUGGAUAAGAACAGGAAAGAGCGUAACAAGCGCAAAGCAACGCCAAAGCGUAAAACACCUGGCAGCAAAAAGAAAGCUCGAAAAACUCCGUCCUCUUCAGCACGCAAGCGUCUUUUUCGCACCGAUCUCAUCAAGCCGGGACCAUCUCGAGAAACCUCGAAGCGCGCGUUAUUCCAAAGUCCAGCCAAGUCAUCGUUGUCACAGCAGUUGUUUCCGCCCAAGCCCCUCUUCAAGCCAGAGAUUGCCAAUCGUGUGGAGAGAUCCAAGCGUGCACUCUUCUCACCCGACAAUGGUAGCCAGCAAAGCACUCCGAGCAACCAGCUGGAGUCGCUGCUCAAGCGUAAACGCAAUGCCCGCGAUGACGAAGAUGCUGCUGAGCUGGCAAGUCAGAGUAGCAAAUUGUUCCGAGCUGGCAGCGGCUUUGGCAGUGGUCUCACUCCGCGCGCUCUCAAGAUCAAGAGUCAGAGCUUUUGCAUUGGAGCAGGUUCCUCCACAGCAUCGCAACAGAACGUGGCUGCCAACAUGCAACAGUCGCCAUUUGCCAACACCCCGCGAUUAAGCCAUGGUUUAAGUGGCAGCAGCAGCACCUUGGCUUGCAGCACGACGCCAACAAUUAGCAAAUUGCACCGCGCACAUUCGGAAAUGAGUGCAACGCCUCAAAGCGUCAUGACGGACAAUCAGCGGAAGAAACUACUGUGGGCUGUGUCACAGGCACUGCAGGAGAAGAAGAUAUCGGCAAAGCACGAAAAUUUCCGACAACAUGCGGCGGAUUUGGCGCGCAUUGUAAAGCGCAUCUUUCAGGAGUUUUACUUGGGACACACGACAAGCAACAGUGAGACAUUGCUGCGGUUAGCCAAAAAGUACGCCUUUAGCGUGAUUGCUGGCAAGCAACCGGACGACAUUUACCUGCAUGCACGCAGCCACGAGAGUGAAACGAAGCUGCAGUCGAGCUCACGACUCUCGGGCUACAUUGGACCCGAGGAGUUUGCACAGCGGAAGCUGUUGUUGUCUCAAAGCUCCUCCCAGUCGCUGUCCCAGAUGUCGCUGGCCCGCAGCAAGGCUGAUGGAUCAAUGCAUAAUCUAUUCGGCAGCGAGAACUCCAUUGAUUCAUUCGGGUUCAGCCAAAUGAGCCAAUGCACUGCGACUUCAAACUCAGCCACACAGUCCAGUCUAAUGGAACGCAUUUCGGAGGAUCUGUUUUGCAAGCAGCAACAGCUGCCCAUACUGCCAAAUCCUACACUGCAGAACAGCUCGUCCAAGAGCAAUUUAGGCGGCUUGGCGCUGCGCGAAAAUGUGCAUUGCGAGCAGCGAAGAUCGGCGCAAAAGAACUUUACUGGCAAGGAUCAGCGGAACAUCAGUCCUUACUAUAAUGGUGGCAACAGCAACGGAUCUGGGCGCAAGUUGCAGGCCACAACUGCGGCUCCAAGUGUCGAGUCCAGCGCCAAAGCGAAGCGCCAAAUCUCCUUUGAUAGCUAAAUUUUUUUUUUUGAACCACUGCCCGGAUAAUGAUCUAUUUAUUUUUACCAAAAUGUUGUUCCAUAUUUUUUGGGUUGUUUUUUAGCCUAAUUUAUUUAAUUCCCCCGGUACUUGGAUAAUGUUAUAGUACAUCAAACGGAGACACAACUACAAACAUACAUACAAACAUAAACAUAUACAUAGAAAUGAAUUGCAAUAUUUUUCGCUGAAGUAAAAUUUAAAAAAAAAUGAAAGGUUUUCUACUUAAUAUUGUAAAUUUGAAUUAAUGUAAUUAACGUACAAAUGUAAAAGGUUGAAUGGUUGAAAUCAAUUGGCCAUCGAUUAUAAAACCGCUAAGAUUGUAAUGUAAAAGGAAUAGCAUAAAAUAAAAGAUCCACUCAAUAGU